GGCUCUAUGUAUCAUUUCCCUAACAAUAAUAGUAUAGCUGCAGAUGUGUAUAUGUAAUAUGUAGUUCAGAAGCAGAUGUUGAAGUAUUUUUCAGGGAUUGUCAUGUCAAUCUUUUGUCUCUCAUUGUUUUCUCUCCGAUCUUUGAUUUGAUUCAAUCUCGUCGUCAAAGAGUUAAAUUUAUCUUAAUUCCUCAGGUCUCCUCAGCCGUCCGGUCCGAUUCCCACAACUCAAGAAGAUUUUGGUUUUCCGUUGGCCUCUAAUAACCCUAGAAAUGUCUUGCUGUCUUGAUGUCUUGCGAUGGAUUUUUGGCGGGAAGAAGGACGAAGAGCUUGAAGAAGCUACAAGUAGAAAUUGGAACACCUACUCUCAGAUUAACCUAUCAGAUACACAGACCGGGUAUGGAAGCUGUCGUUCGUUAUAUUCAAGCAACGAUAGCAUCAUGAUCAGCCAAUACGAUCCACAGUUUCACCUCCAAUCAGAUGCACACCAAAACUAUUCGAAUUCAUCCAAGUUUCCCCGGACAUCAGUCACUCCCACUGAUAACACCAGCAGAGGGAUCAGUUCAAUUAAGCCAGGGAGUUGUAGUGUUGAAAGAAUUUCAGAGAAGCCCCGGGAAAUUUCUCGGCCUUUGCCUCCAUCACCCUCCCCAUCACAUGUCUCUCAAAGCAAGGCCACAAACCCUGUGAUCAAUAAACCAAGUGAGCAAGGUUUGCCACGCAAUGCAUCUCCGUUUUCCUCUAAACCAUCUCCAUCUUUGUCUGAGCCGCCUGCUUAUUCCUCUAAACAAUCACCGCAUUUGUCUUCUUCUGGACGGCAUUCAUCACUCCCGAAACCAACUCCAACAUCGUCUUCAACUUCUUAUGGAACACCUUCAUCUUCCUCGAAACCACCUCCACUUACCAAUAAGCCGACUUUGACUCUGGCUUCGCCUAGUCUGACAAAUCAGCGGGCAAAUAACAAUUACAUUCGGGUUGAUAAGGGUGCAUCGCCGAUUUAUGCGAUUCCUGAGGAUAUCAAAGGUUUGAUUGAGAAAGACAUUGUACCUGGCGUUCUGAGGAAGCCUUUGUCUACAUCGACAUACAAGGAUUACUUUGAGGCUCUACUUUAUGCUGAGGACUACUACCUUGAGAAAUGGGACGGAUUCAAGAUGGAGAAUGUGACUCUGAAAUUGCAUGAAGCAGCAAUCUACACUAAGAAAGGCAAAUACAAAGACUUGAAUAAGUUGGAUGAAAAAGAUGAUAAGAUCUUUGUAGCAUUUGAGAUUGACUCCAUUCCUGAGAGGCGGCCAUUCCUUUUAUCUAGGGACUUUGCCUCUGUAAGGCCUUCAGGCCGAAAUGUCGAGCCAUUUCAGGGUAUUAUAUAUCGCGUGGUGAAGAGUAAUCUUGUAUUAGUUGAAUUUGGAGAAGAUUUUCAUUCUCAGCAUUACUCAGCCUGCAAAUAUACUGUCAAAUUCUCCUUCAAUAGAGUUUGUUUAAAACGGGCUCACCAAGCAAUUGCAGCUUCAUCGGAUCCUUUGUUCCUGAACUUCCUCUUCCCUGAUGUACCUAGAAACAGUCUCACUGCCUUUCAAGUUCUUCCCAUCAAUCACAAACUUGAUGGGGAGAAAGUCUCUGCUGUUCGUCAGAUUUUAGGCCUCAAGAGUCCCCCACCUUAUCUCGUGGAGGGCUCGCUCUCUGUAACUGGAAUGGUUGUUCAGCAAGCUGUAAUCCAAAUUUACAGGAGCUCCCCGUCUUGUCGGAUUCUUAUAUGUACGCCUAUAAAUCGGACAUGUGAUGAGCUCAUGAUAGGCUUAAAGGAGGAGAUUCCAGAGUCAGAAUUGUUCAGAGCCAAUGCUGCAUUUCGGGAGUUGGAUGAGGUGCCUCCUGACAUCCUCACCUCCUGUCCCCUUAAAGGGGAGUGUUUUUCUUGUCCGUCGCUUCAGGAGCUCCGGAAUUUCAAGGUGAUUCUGUCCACUUUCAUGAGUAGCUUUCGGCUGCACAAUGAGGGCAUAAUGGCUGGUCAUUUUAGUCAUGUUUUUCUGGUGGAUGCCUCGUCUGCCACCGAACCAGAGACUAUGGUGCCUCUAUCUAAUCUGGCAAAUGAGAAGACCGCUGUAGUAAUAACCGGUGCACCAGGUAAGCGUUCAGGUUGGGUCCGCUCAAAGAUUGCAAGGGAGAAUGGAUUGAUGACUUCAUACUUUGAGAGGCUCCGCAAGAGCAAGCUGUACGAGAGUCUCAAUCCCAAGUUUAUAAUACGAGUGCCAUGAACAAAAGAUGUGCUGCUGGUAUAUCCUUUAAUGAAUUUAUUGUGUAGUGUGUAUAUAACGAUAUAUAUAUAUAUAUAUACAGAGAGAGUUGAACUGACUUGAGUUCUGUACAGUGGAUUUCUGAAUUGCUCUAUUCCAUAUUAUAUUUUGUGUUUAAA